UCCCCUCCAACAGGUCCGGGGUAUAGAGGGAGCUGUGAGAAGCUGACAGUAACAGGGGGAGAGGGGAAGACUGGAGAAAGUCAGAGAGUGGAUGAAAGUAAGGCUGAGGUAGAGAAGUGGGACAGCAAUAAAGAGAGAAGUAUCUAUUAAACAGGAGCAGAGAGAAAGGUGUGAUGUAGAGAGGACAGGGCUAACCGAAGGGAGAGGAUGCAAAAUAAAGAAUUGUAAGUAAAAGUGAGAAUAUAAGAUAUCGCAGGGGAAGUGAGGAGGAGAAAAGAAAGAGAUGGAAGCAGUGUCUGGCAGAGGCAGAUACCUUGUCACACUCAGUGAUACCGACACUGCCACACAGAGAGGAGAGAGAGUCACAGUUUGAUGAGACAGUGACAGAAGAUACUGGGCUGCUGACUUGCUUUCUGUGACUAAGGACAAAGCCUGUGUGUUAUACCGUGCUGUGUGCACCUGGAGGUGGCUGCUGUAGGCUGCACAGGCUGGAAGAGGCUGCUCGGAGACCGUCAGACAGAGGGGGGCUGCGAGAGUCCCCUCUAAUUGUCAGAUAUCCCUGGAAUGUGCGACGGAGAACAGAGACCCCUGUAGAAAGGACAGAGACACCACACGUUACAUCGUCACGGGUCCUGACUGUCACCUACAUCUACUACAGUCCCAUUUACUACUCGGUGCCCAAUGGACGGACUGUGUGGAAGAAUGCUCAGGACCUUGCUGUUACUUUCCCUCUCUGCAUUGUUAGGUGGGAUACUCAGCCUAGUAGAUGCCAAGGGGACCUACUACUCACCCCCUGCCUCAGGAAGGUUCAUUCACAGCUUGUAUACCUCUCAUCCCCAGGCCUAUGGCAAACCCAUCAGCAAGCACAGGAAUUACUGUGUGUAUGUUGUUGAGAAGAAUGUGACCUGCACACAGCAGGAUGGCACAGAACCAUAUAUCAAGGCUGAGUACCUGAAGUGCAGCUGGGGCCCCAAAUGCCCAGGAACAGUUGUAUACAGAACACUCUUCAGACCCAAGUACAAGGUUGGAUACAAGGUAGUGACUGAACUGCAGUGGCGCUGUUGUCCUGGUCUUUCAGGGGAUUCCUGCCAAGAUGGACCUGCUGUCCAUCCUGGUUACUUUCCACCUUACAUGGGACCCAAAGCUUCUCUAGGGCAGAAGCUUUUCCCUCCUCCGAAAACUCCCCCUAUCCAUCCUAAACUGCAAACAGAGACUCUGCCUGACCCUCCUGCAUCACCCAAGAAAAGUGGCUACGGAAGAAAACUGUCACCCAUGUUUGGAGAGCGUUUAGACCGCAUGGAAGAAGAGGUCAGACGGCUAUCUCAGUCUUAUGACAGCUUGCAGGGUGUGGUAAGCGGUCUGGGAGACUCUGUGCGCCUUGCAAUCCAGGAGGACACCAGCAAGAUGAUUGGUUCAUUAGUGAGCGGUCCUGGUUCUUCUUCACAGUCCUCUGUGGGAUUUGGCAUAAUUCCUGAUGCUUUGGCAGAGGCUCCACACGUUACUGGGGACUUGUCUGGGAAAGUGGCUGAGGUUAGUGAGAUCCUACGGUCAAAAACAGAGCUUCUAGAGGAAGUAAAUGGGAUGGUGAUGGGCCAUGAAGCACAGCUCCAACACUUAUUAGAGGCUGCAAGACCUUCUCCACUUACCUCCACUGAAAUCCUAGAGCAGUAUUUAGAGGGAAAGCUUGCUGAGUCUCAUGCAAAACUGCUUGAUGGAAUAGAGGCACGACUACAGAAAAUCCAAGGGAAUUGUGAUGUCAAAGUUCAGGCAGUACAGAAGCAAUGCCAAGAUGUUGAGCAGACAGCAAGUCAAAGAAUGCAGCAGGAAAUGGAUGGACGUGAAGUCACAAUGCGGAGGGAAAUGUCCAUGUUAGGUGCCAAAGUGCUGGGACUAAGUGCACCUGAGGGCUGCUGUGGGCGCCUGGAGGACCUCAGCAGACGUGUAGAGGAACUAGAACGUAGUAUGCGUCAGCUAACUGAGGAGCACCACACCCUAAGCCAAAGGGUGGAAGUAGAACUGACCCGGCUUGUUUUGGAACCUCAGUUUGGAGUGAGAUUGGAUGAAGUGGAGGGCAGACUAAACCUCACUGAGGAAGGUGUUAGAAGAUGUUGCCAGGAUGGAGGAGAAACAGGCCACUUGUUAGCCGAGCUGGAUGGGGUAAGAGCCUCUGUGGAUGACAAGGUUAGAGUCUUGGAAGAGAGGCUGUUAACAGCUGUUGGAGAGCUCACCAAUGCCUCAGCUCCACUGGCUCUGGAUGGAGCAGUGAUGCCACUGUUGGAUGCACAUUUGUCUGUGAUACGAAGGGAGGGCCUUGAGAACUUGGAAGGCAUGCAGGGCCGACUUGCUGCUGUAGAGGAGUUGUGUGCUGCUGGAUGUUCCGCACCUGGUGGAGAAACUCUAAUAGAGUUUCACACUGAGCUCUCAAAGUGUCAAACGCAGAACCAAGAUGUUCAAAAACAACUAGGGCACCUUAACAAUAGCAUUUUGGGCAUUAAGAAGCAAAUUGAAAGGCAGAAGGAGGAAGCACUGCAAGGCGAGAUUACUCUACUUCAAGUUAACCUGAGGAGCGUUGGACGUUCUGUUCAUGGUUUGGAAGAAUCUGUAAGUAGGUUUGCUGAUACAGUGCUCCAAGUCAACUCGACUGCAGAGGAGCGUGGGAGUCGGCUUUCUGAGGAAUUGGUCUCUGUUCAAGGCCAGGUAGAUGGACAGCGUUCUGAAAUCCGCUCCAGCCGAGCACACCUACUAGGCUUGCGUGGGGAAAUGGAAAGGAUGAAAGCACGUCUCACAGGACAAAUGGGAAGUUGUCAAAUUUUGUCUCGUGAACUUCAAAGAGAGAUGACUGGGUUUGAGCAUAGGGUAGCCCAGAUGGAAGGGACUUGUGGGACUCAGGAAACAAGUUUAAUUGGCUACCUGGAGCAAGUCAACAGUACACUAGCUUCCCAUGAGUAUGGUCUAGAAACUCUUAGACAUGAGCUAAGUAGAAUCAACCAACAGGCACCAAGCUUGGCACUACCCCCUACCACGCAAGACACUCCUGAAGGAAAAUAACUAGUGAAUGGAAGUAUAAAUGAACAGUGGGUAUCCCUAAUUAUAAGCUGGAAAACAAAAUGCCCAAGUGGCAAUACAGGAGUGGACCUAAUAAGAAACACUUUAGUCCUUUGAUUUGGGGCAGCUAAGUCACUUUGGGAGGAUACAUUUGCAAUGUCACCUUGUCAGUGUGAGAUAAUGUGACAAUCCCGGAUUGAAUAUGGUGCUAGGGCAUUAUGAAUAUACAAAAGACUGGAUUUACCUUAUGUGAUAUCUCUUCCUGUAUGUUACCUGUAUGUGUGGUUAACAUCGAUCUCAUCUCUGUACCUAUCUGAAGCUAGCCUUACUCAUUAUUAUGCACUAUUAAUCCCCAGUUUAUGUGAUAUUGUGACUAGUGAGAGGACCUGUGUGUAAUGCAAACAAACAACACAAAUGCUAGAUGUGAAAUUGCAAGACAGAAUUAGCUGUACAUGGUUAACUUUCGAAGCCAAAAUGUCCCUUAUUUCCUCAUAUCUACAGAUAUAUAUGUGACUAGCGAGGCUUGUACUGGCACUAUCAGUGUGCAUGCCUAAUACAUUUCACCUGAGUAGCAGCAAUGACACCUGUAAUAAAAAAAUAAUUACUAACCAACCGAUAGUACAACAAACGACUACCCACAUUUGAUCAGAUUUACCUACACUUAUACUGUAGGAUGCAGUCAUAUUACAUAUUUAUAAAGGCUACCAUAUAUCUGUUCUCUGAUGUAGGUGGGAUUUUUGCACACACUGAUCGUCAUCAUACAGCGUGUGUCCCGCUGCAUUGAUCCAUUGUACACACACUCCUCCUACUGGAUGUUUUAGGAGCUACAUGUCCAUGUUAACACUUUCAUUACAGCAACUGUUUAAAUUCUUUUUUUCUAUUAAACCCCCCCCCCCCCCCCCCCCACUAAAUUUAAAGAGCAAACUACUUUAUAUACGAAAUCUAAAUAUAACAUUUGCAAAUAUAUAGAGGAGCAUGUUUUUCAGGCAAUGCAUAUGACAGCAUAUUGGAUUACUGCUUUCUAGUAUGUCAAAUACAGUACCAAUAGGUUCCAGAUGUCAAUUACACUAGUGCUGGAUAUAUAAUUGUGUUUUAAACCUCAUACCACUAGCGCUAAUUCUGUGCAUUUUUAACACAAGUUAAAUUAAUGUAAACAGGGAUGACAGUAUAAACCUUUGUGUCUGGUGCAGUGUCAGACUGCGGCAUGAAGGGCCCACUGGGGGAAUGCUGUGGUAGGGGCCUGUGCACAUAGGUGUGGCCAGUAUCCAGAAGGGGUAUGGCUAGCUACCACAGAGGCUUUAUACUGCACAGGACUAUGGUGCAUUUUCUACAGCAUAUUGCUGUUGUUAACCAUUAGGGAGUAUAUGGUCUGGGCCCCUUUAUAAAUAUAUAUAGUAAAUACUGCUAGUACAUUCAUGAUAAUGUGCCAGAGUAAUAACAGCAAUACACUCUAGAAAGUAGACCAUAGUCCUGUGCAGUAUAAUGUAACAUAAAUAUAAUGUAUAUUUCCAGUGCACAGUCUGGAGUUUGAUCACUAGAGGAGGAGGUGGGCCCACAGGCCGCAGGGCCCACCGGGGUUUUUCCCUGUAGGGCAGUCUGACCCUAGUCUUGUGACAUACCCACUACUGCUGUUACAAGCAUUUGUAUCACUGCAGAUGUGCUACGUUAUGUUUGUCAGAACUUAUGUUUGCCAUAGAUAAAUGCUUUGUGGGACUCCAAUGUGGUAGCACAUAUACCUGUCAAAAAUGAGUGCAGUCUCUUAAUUCUACAUACACUGAAUAUCACAAUCACCUGUUUCAAAGGCACAGUAACUAUUCUGGACAGUUGUAUAUGAUUAAAUAAAUCACAUAUCUUAA